CAUGCUUAUUUGAUGCGUAUUACUAUAAGCAACUGUGAGGCUCUCUGUGAUCCGUAGGUAACAAUACGAUCAAGUAUAGUACACACCAGCUGAUGUGAGAGUCUUUUCGUAUCUGUUAUUAUUUUGGUAUAGACAUCCAAAUACUCAGUUGUAAAACAUUUAGAUGCAAUAUGACGUCGGUAGAUUCUGGUGUUGAGACUGGAAAUGAUUCAAACGACAGUUUAAUUGUUCAACACGAAAAUCUUACAAGUGGCCAAAUAAGUUGUAAUACUUCUACAACCGUUGCUAGUAUGAAUAGCAGCCAAAAUCAAGGACAAGAAAACGGACAGAAUACUUCUCGGAUAGGAUUAAGUCCAACCUGGUCAAUGGAUUUGAGUUUACCGAUUUCUUCAUUGUGUACAGGAUUUGGGAAUUAUGACUAUGAUUUAAGUCAAAAUUCGGGUGCCAGUACAUCAGGAGAGCUCGUUGUAUAUCCAUCUCAGGGAUUUAGGCCUCCUACAAGUAGAUGUGUUUCUGCUAAAGAAUUAAGGGGUAUCAAAGUUAUUCCAAGAAAGAUGAGAUCGCUACAUUUUCGUACUGAUCAGUAUUAUUCUGGUUGGAAAGAAUUCCGAGAAACUUUUUUGGAACGUAAAAUGCGACUUGCAGCUUAUACAAAUAAUAUUGAAUUAAUGAGAAGACUGUUAAAUACUGGUGUUUCACCCGAUAGUCGCGACGAACAAGGACGCACACCUCUUCAUUUAGCCUCUUGCAGAGGCUUCGAAGCAAUAGUUCAUUUGCUUUUGGAACAUGGUGCAGAUCCUAAUAAACGUGAUAUCAUAGGUAAUACUCCACUUCACCUAGCAGCAGUCACAAGUAAAAUAUCAGUAGUGACAUUGCUUUUAAAGGCUGGAACAAAUGUACACUCUUUGGAUAAAUAUGGUUGUAGUCCAUUACGAAUAGCACAGAAGAAAUUAAGAAUGUUGCAAGAAUAUGGAAAACCUCUUCAAGAAGAUAUGUUAAAGAUUAAAGAAGAAGUACACAAUAUAAUUGGUAUGCUAAUGGUCUAUGUACAAAAACAAAAAGACAUGUCUGAACAAGUCGAAACGCUUAGUAGCUUUUGUUCUCGUCUUUCGCUAUCUAAUACAUCUGAUCAAGUACAGGAUGAUGUCAAAGAUUUAUUGGCUAACAUAAAUUCUCUUAGUAUUACAAAUUAACUAUUCGUAUUAAUAUACUGUGAAUAUUACCGAUCAAAUUAUACAUAGUAUAUUAAUGCAAUAGGAAUGCUAUACAUUUUAUAAAAAAAGACAGUUAUGAGAAUUAAUAAUAACUAUAGUGUUAUAUUUAAUAUCUCAAAGAACUCAUUAACUUUUUUGUUGUUUAUUAUAAUCGAUCAUAUACA